CUGAGACCUGUUUGUCCAAACACGCGGGUCUCGUCUCGCAGCGAAGAACGAGACCAAGAUUGUGGCCGCUUUCUUCCCCCGCUCGAUUCCUCUCACGCCCAUGUCGAGCGACGGGAAACAUAAUCUGUUCCGUGCUUUGGAGGGACAUGGCUUCCUCGGGAAUCAUGACCCGGCAGCGAAAGAAAAAACAAAAGGAAUCCAUGAGGGAUUCUUAGGAUAUCCCAAGUAUAAUGCAUCUCAUUCUAACUCUCAAGAAAGUUGGAACGUCCUGCCGGAGCCAAAAGAUGAAAAGGGUGUGCCUGUUUGUGAUUCUGCGAAAGCAAACUACUCAAUCUUGGAGCCUUAUGCAAUAUUAAAUAAAGGUUACGGUGCAUCACUCUACAAACAGGAAGCAUUUGUACAGCCACCUGAUUUUGUAAUGUGGCGGCAGCAAGUCCAAUUGAGUGCCUCUGAGAACAAUAUUUAUCCAAUAAUCCAUGAUUAUUCAAUUCCUGUUGAAAGUGGAUGCAGUUACAUGCCACCAGUCAAGAUGUUUCCUCAUGCUCACCAACAUAAAGUUCAAAUUCAAGAAUUUCAGUACUUUGUAGUUAUUGACUUUGAGGCCACAUGUGACAAAGACAGGAAGUUACAUCCUCAGGAGAUCAUUGAGUUUCCAUCUGUCUUGGUUAACAGUGCAACUGGUCAACUAGAAGCUGUUUUUCAAACAUACGUGAGGCCUGCAUAUCAUAAACAUCUCACUGAUUACUGCAAGCAACUCACCGGGAUCCAACAAUUUCAGGUAGACAGAGGAGUUCUUCUCAGUGAAGCUCUAAUCAUGCAUGAUAAAUGGUUGGAAAGUAAAGGAAUUAAGCACAAAACCUUUGCUGUAGUAACAUGGGGUGACUGGGAUUGCUGUGUUAUGUUAGAAUCUGAAUGCAAAUUAAAAAGGAUCAGAAAGCCUGCUUACUUUAACAGGUGGAUCAACUUAAAGGUUCCAUUUCAGGAAAUGUUUCAAGGCAUCCGCUGCGGUCUCAAGGAUGCUGUCGAGCAUGUUGGCUUGACGUGGGAGGGCCGUGCACACUGUGGCCUUGAUGAUGCCCGUAACACUGCCCACCUCCUGGUUCAUCUCAUGGAUAUGGGCAUCAAGUUCUCCAUCACCAAGUCAUUAGAGUCGCAAUCUAUGGAUGUUCCCAUGAAAUACAAGGCAUCCUGUGAUUUCUCGUUGGAUCGAUCUGAACACACUCAAGAGCCUAAAGAAGUGUUUGGCGCGCCUGUCCAGAUUCAUCCGUUCAUGGACUCCACUGGGAAGGAGAAGCAUACAUACUGUUACUGUGGGGUGUUGAGUAGCAAGUCUGUCGUCCGCAAGCCUGGACCAAACCAAGGUAGAUGCUUCUUUGGGUGUGGGAAUUGGACCGCAGCUAGGCGUGCUGUCUGCAACUACUUUGUAUGGGCUUCUCCCUGAUGAGGGGCAUCCUCUCUUCCCUUGAUGCUUAGAAGGCGAUUUCCUUACAAAAAGAAGCUUUGGAAUGCGAGUUGAUAGUGGAACUUCAGCAAUGAGGUAUUGGUGCUUGCCUGGUGUUUGUUUCAUGUACAUCCAUAUAUGUAUAUUGAACUCUUGCGUGUGCCGAUGACAAAGUCUACGUAGUAUUGACUAACUUGUUAAUAGAAACUACUUUGUACAUCUAUAUAUGUUGUGGAUUUCCUUGUUGCCCUACU